AUGCUGUUUGUUACUGUUGUCAAGGCCAGUGCCGCCGCCAACAACGACAGCGGCGCGGGAAGCGGCGGCAACUGUGGCGACUCAACAGUCAACUGCAGGACUCCAGACCAAGUUGCUCCAGGUGCUGCUGGUCGAACCCGCGGUUCCACGACUGUCACGGCGGCAGAACGGAAGAGCGCCAUCGAUCUCCUGCAAGCUGCCACCAAAGAGACAAAGAAGAACAAUAUGAGGGGUGCGUCGAAACCCAGCAUCAAGAGCGGGAGGUGUUUAGCGAAAGCAACCGAUGGGAGGGAUGCAGUGAAGGCGAAAACCCUUCAGUGCUGGGCCGCCAAAGGCAAGCAGAACGUCCGACAGCUGCUGAAACUUCUGUUCGGGUCUGCUGGUACGGUGGUCAACGCUCGACCGGAUCACGCCCGCCUGCUCAAGUUCCACGCUCAGGGUAUCUCCAGCAAGGAAGCCAGAAAGGAAUCAGUCCGGGGUACGACGGCGGCGGCGGCGGCGGCGCUGUCGGAGGAGACACCUUCUUCAUCGUCGAAGGAGGACAUGUUCACCAUCGUCGAGGCCGCGGACGAGAGGUGGUCCAGCUCGGACGAUGACGAAGAAGAGGCGCCCCUGACUAGGAAGAGGUCGGACUCGAGCACGGAACGAAUCCAAGGAGACGGGGAGAACGGUAUCUCCACACCAGCCCCGUCGGCGUGCACCGAUGCCAUGGACGGCCCAACGAAAGCACAGCAAGUCCCUAGGCAGGCCAGCCUGGUGCUCGACGAGGUGACCAACACACCCGGACCCGCCGAGAUGACCGCAGAGGGGGCUGUUGGGAUGUAA